AAACCAAUAAGAUAAAUUUUGUCGUUAUUUUGAUUCAACCCGUUCUAAGGAAAAAACCAAAACGCCAUAUUUAUUCAAGAAAAAGAUCAGAACUGAGAGACAUUUUACAAUUUCAACACCAAGAUCAGAUACCCUGAAACGUAAGAAUGGCGUUCGCGUACGAACCAAGUGCCAAACAAAUCAUUGAUUUAAGUGAGGGUAACAAAAUCGCGGCAAACGAAGAUACUCUUCGCCAGGUUUUUCUUAAUCCGAGCGUAAAAGACAAACCUGUGUGUGUGGUUUCAAUUAAUGGCACUUUUCAACAAGGAAAAUCAUUUCUGCUUAAUUUUUUUGUCCGUUAUUUAAAAUUAAAGUAUAAACUGAAGAAAAUAACUUCCGAAAAGUGGCUUAACGCAGAAGAUGGCAAUAUUUCUGGUACUGCUUGGAAAUGUGGUAGCGAUAGACAUACAGUCGGUAUUUUAGUGUGGUCUGAGAUAUUUAUAGCCGAAUUACCAUCAGGAGAGGAAAUUGCAAUAGUUCUUUUGGACUCCCAAGGUACUUUUGAUGUUGACACCACAAUGCAAGACUGUGCUGCCAUUUUUGCAAUCAGUACCUUAAUUAGCUCGGUACAAAUUUUCAAUUUGAAGGAGAAAAUAAGCCUAUUGGAUCUGGAACAUUUGGAAUGUUUUUCGGGUUAUGGCCAACUAGCGCUGCAAGAAGGUUCAAGAUGGAAUGCAGCACCCUUUCAAAAUCUUUGGUUUUUAAUAAGAGACUGGCCUUACCAAUUUGAAUUUGAUUUCGGCACUAGCGGCGGACAGCGACUUUUGACUAGUGUAAUCAAUCGUACCACAGAAUUAACUUCGGAGUUAAAUAUUCAAAAGGAUAAUAUUCGUAAGCUUUUUGAAAAUAUUUACUGUUGCUUGUUACCGCAUCCGGGCGAAACUGUUGCGAAAAGUCCAUCAUUUAGUGGAAAACUUGAAGACAUUGAUGAAAGGUUUCUGAAACAUGUAGAAGAGUUUGUACCAAAGAUUCUAUCGCAAGAAAAUUUGGUUCCAAAAACGAUAAAUGGAGAAAAAAUUAAAGUGUCCGAUCUAUUUACGUUUAUUCAAAUAUACUGCGACUACUUUUCCGGUGGAAAUGUGCCACCCUUACCUACAAUGUACAUGGCAACAGCUGAAGCUCAACUUAAAAUAGCUGUAACCGAAUCCGGAGCAAUGUAUAAAGAAGCAAUGGACGAGAUCGUUCUGGUUGACGCAUCACUUGAGAAUGACGUUUUAGAAGGACAUCAUCUUGAACAAAAACAAAACGCAAUGGAUAAUUUUAAUAAUAAAAAAAUAUUAGGAAAUAUUGAAAUCAAGAGAAAAUUUAAAACACUACUCAAAGGGAAGCUAGACCAAAGAUUUAUCGAAUACAGACGCCUAAACAGGGUCAAGCAAGAGAAAGAAAAAGAAAUUGCUUAUCAACAACAAGCGUUUGAAACCCACCUCCGAGAAGAAACGGAAAAGGUUAAAAAAUCACAGGCUGAGGAAAUUCAACGUGAAUUAGAAGCUCUAAGAAAUAAACAAAAUAGCCUUGAACAGCAGCUCUUGGAAGAAAGAAAGAGACGUGAUGAGGAAACGUUAAACUUGAUAAUGGAGAAAUCAAGAGAGCAGCUAGAAAAUCAAGAACAACUGCAAGAGAAGCUUGCAACUGCUUAUCAGCAUGCAUUUAAAACCCAACUCCGAGAAGAAACGGAAAAAGUAAAAAAAAUACAUGAUGAGGAAUUUCAACGUGAAUUAGAAGCUCUGAGAAGUAGACAAACUAGCCUUGAACAACAGCUCUUGGAAAAAAUAAACAAACGUGGUGAGGAAACGUUAAACUUGAUAAUGGAGAAAUCAAGAGAGCAGCUAGAAAAUCAAAAACAACAGCAAGAAAAUCUUGCGACUGCUUAUCAGCAUGCACUUAAAACCCAACUCCGAGAAGAAACGGAAAACGUAAAAAAAAUACAUGAUGAGGAAUUUCAACGUGAAUUAGAAGCUCUAAGAGAUAGACAAACUAGCCUUGAACAGCAGCUCUUGGAAAAAAUAAACAAACGUGGUGAGGAAACGUUAAACUUGAUAAUGGAGAAAUUAAGAGAGCAGCUAGAAAAUCAAGAAAAACUGCAAGAAAAGCUUGUGACUGAAAUAGAAAGGAGGUAUGAGGAUAAGUUCGCGUAUCAACAACAAUUAUUGGAGGAAGAAAUACGUCGAAGAACUGCCCAGAUAGAAAGCGAACAAAAGUCCAGACUUCAUGAACUGGAGAUGCAAUGCACACAAGAGAAAAAUGCACGCCUUAUAAUAGAGAAAAACAGUUUAGAAGACGACAAAGAAAAACUUUUAGAAACAUUGAAAAGAGCAACUAACUUAGCAGAAGAAGCAAAACAAGAAGCGCAAGAAGCAAGAGAAGAAGCGCAAGAAGCAAGAGAAAAAGUUGAAAGUACAUCUGGAUGCAUAAUUCUUUAAUUUAUAUAUUUUUCCAAUAAUAAUUUGUAACAUUAGUGCACUUGUAGACACACUAAAAUAUAAACACACCUGUUUAAAAUG